GCGCCACAGGACAGCCAUGCCGGGCCGCCUGCUGCGGGGCCUCUGGCAGCGAUGGCGCCGUUACAAGUACCGCUUCGUACCCUGGAUCGCGCUGAACCUAAGCCACAACCCGAGGACCCUCCGAUAUGUUCCAGAGGAAUCCAAAGACAAAGUUAUCUCAGAUGAAGAGGUCCUAGGAACAUUACUGAAAGUUUUCCAGGCUUUAUUCGUAAAUGAUUUCAAUAAACAAUCAGAUAUCUUGACUGUGCUUCCAGAACCUGUUAAAUCAAAAUAUCAAGACCUACUGUCAGUUCAGCAUCCAGGGGUGAAACAGCUUGAAUACAGACAUCAACAGCAAAAUACCUUUACACCAGAAGAAAUUCUUUAUAAGACAUUGGGUUUCAGUGUCACCCGAGCACCUAGCACAUUGAUUUCGGCUGGAAAAGGUGUCUUCGUUAACAAAGGAUUGGUACCAAAAGGCGCGGUUGUAUCUAUGUAUCCUGGCACAGUAUAUCAAAAGUACGAGCCAAUCUUUUUCCAGUCCAUUGGAAAUCCAUUUAUUUUUAGAUGCCUGGAUGGGGUACUCAUUGAUGGAAAUGACAAAGGAAUAUCAAAAGUCGUGUACAGAUCUUGCAAUGGGAGGGAUCAGCUUGGCCCUUUAAAAAUGAGUGAUAGUACAUGGCUAACGUCAGAAAUUCAUAAUCCACUGGCUGUAGGACAGUACGUCAACAAUUGUUCAAAUGACAGAGCAGCUAAUGUCUGUUAUCAGGAAUUUGAUAUGCCUGCAGUUUUCCCUAUAGAACUGAAGCAAUAUCUUCCAAACAUUGCGUACAGCUAUGACAAACAAAGUCCACUUCGAUGUGUCAUUCUUGUCGCACUCAGGGACAUCAAACAAGGAGAAGAGCUUUUUUCAAACUACUAUACAAUUGUCAGCUAACUGUAUGAAAUUAGGUUUUCUAUUCAGCUAUUGAGUUAAUUCUAAAUGUUUUUGUUGUUUCUCUGAGUUCCACCUGCAGAGCAAAUAUUUUGAAACCUAAUUGGAGUGGGAACUUUUUUGUUUUGAUAUUUGUGUUUCAAUUCCAUCAUAAAAGCUAUUUGCUUCACUACAAUUUCAAAUUUGUAAUGCAAUUCCAGUGUUAAUUGGUUUUCACCUAAGUACACAGUAGUUUACUAAAUUAAAACCCACUGUCUUAA